AGAUACUAUUGUUAUAAUUUAUGGAGAAAAAGAAUUAAAAAGUGAAGGGAAAUCUACUUUACUAAUCUCUCUUAACAAACCAAUCCACACCGUUGAUUAAACCUCUAUCCAACAAAUCAUUAAAAGAAAAACCUAAAAACUAAACAAAGGGUUUCAUUAUUUCCUUUCUUCUCCACAGUGAGGGUUUCAUCAAUUCCUUUUUCUCCAGAGGGUUUCAUCAAUUCCUUUUUCUCCAAUCCAGCAUGGCUACUACCUGCAAGCUUUGUUCCGAGAAGGUACCAAGAAACCUAAGAGGUGAACAUGCGGCUAUUUGUGAGAGCACCAAGAUGGCCUACGACAUAUCCGUUACAGCAAUGAAGAAGGCCAAUAGAGCUAAGGGCCCCAAUAAGGCAGCAAAAGCUUCAUUGGCUCACAGCCAGAUGAACGAGGCAUUUAAGGCUAUGUCACCUGCCCUGCGCGCUGCUUGCAUCCAGGAUGCCCAGCGCGGGAAUGCCGCCGCCAAAGCUGCUGCCGCCCCUGCCCGUGCCGCUGCUGCCGCCCCUGCCCGUGCCGCUGCUGCCGCCCCUGCCCGUGCCGCUGCUGCCGCCCCUGCCCGUGCCGCCGCCCCUGCCCGUGCCGCCGCCCCUGCCCCUGCCGCCCCUGCCAAUCCCGAGGUAAAAUACUAUCCAAAUGAAGCACAGCUACAUGUGACACCUCCCAAAAACAUGUUGUUGUUUUUCAUGAAUGUCAUUUCAGUUGCAUAUUAG